AAGGCUCUGAAAGAGCAUCGUCUGCUUGGUGAUACCCCACUUCACAGGUCAGACACCCCCAGCUUCCCAGACAGCACUCCUUUGAGCUCCGCAUGGCUUCGUGGCUACCUCGGGGGACACAGUUCUGGCUGACUUGAGGCAUUUACAUGGACCUGUCAUAAAACAGAAAUGCUGGGAAUGGGAUAAUAUCCCAUCCCUCCCAGGGUAAUGAUCCAAGCAUCACAUGCCUGCAGAAAUGAGUUAUGAGAGGAAAUAUUUUUGAAACAUCAUGCAACAGGCAGAGUAUGUGGGGAAAAAAGUCACCUACUUUCUUCAUUCACUUUCUUGAUUAACUUUAUUGGAAAUCCUGUUUAUCUCCCUGUUUGCUCUACUCCAAUGGCUGAGUUGCAAGUUAGUGCCCAAGAGUAACUCUGGAAGUGUCUUGGGGGUGACCUGGACGUCUCUGUGCAAGCAAUACAACUUGUGUUUCACCUUCACAUUCAUCUCAGCCUGGCUGGGGAAAGCCCCUUCUUCCCUGAAACUCCUGCUCCCCCAGUAGAUGACGUUUUGCAGCUGCUGGUAUUCAGUCAUUUUUCAAAUGUAAGACUUUGGAAAAUGUCUUUUCCGGUGUUUUUUUGCAAUCAUAGCUCAAAGCUUGCUUGGGCAAAAAGUGUCAUUUGUCACUGUAGGUUGUACUGCAGGUAGCAGGGGCCUUGCACAGGGAUGGCAGGUGGCACGUGGCUGCCCCAUGCAGAAGACAUGCUGUGAGCCACACAAUUCCUGCACUCUCAGUUGCAAAAGGCAGGUGAUAUCCCCAGCACCAGGUGCUCCCUGGAGUGAUACCUGCUUUCAUCUGAGACUCGGACAGGAAUAGUCUCAUGUUUCAACUGGUCUGGUCCCUUUAUCUCCACUCCCGACAUGACCCCAGGUGUGACAAGCUGGAUGGCUGGCACCAUUGCUUGGCUCUGCUUUGUGCCUACGACUGCUGUUGAGGCAUGCAGUGUGUUUGCUCCAGAAGAAAGCCGGGACGUCCCUGGGGUCUUCCACGGUGCUGGUUUGCUCUAUCUAGCUCCUGUCCACCUCGACACAGAUCCGGCAGGGGGGACCCCAGGCCCUGCUCAGCUGUGUGAUGAGUGGGGCUGGAUCUCCAGGGCUGUGCCCUAUGGAGGUCACAGGAGGGUGCUCAGCAAAUGUCUCCAAACACCUGUUGGUGGCAUAUCCAGGAAAAGUCCUGCCUGACACAUGGGAAGUGCCUAGAUGCCUUUGCCGCUCCUGGGCUGUAUUUGCUCAUGUCCUGAUAACGGCUUUUAUCAGAGCAGAUGAACACCCCUGCCAUGGGGAGGUGCCCAUUCAGGUUACAGCCCAUGUCAGCUCAUUAAUACACCCCAAGACGAGAACAGGACGGGACCGGUGUCAGCGGUGUCAGCCGCACUCCUCCCCCAGCACGGUGCAGCUAUAAAUCUUGUGACUCAAAGUAUACCUACAGAAACUUUCUGGACCUCCAAGUGUCCCCUUGGCGUUGGCAUGGCUGCCCGGUGUGCUCCCCUCCUGCUCCUUGCCUGUGUGUUGGCCCUGCCAGCCCCACAUCUCACCAAGAGCAUCCAAAGCCUGUCCCUCUUCAAUCAACCUGUCUUGAAUAAUAUCGUGUCUUCUCAGAACACCUUAGUGAACGGUCAGCUCUGGCUAGUGAAUGGCUCCAACCAGUGCUCCGGACGGGUGGAGGUUUGGUACCACAAUGAGUGGGGAACAGUGUGUGAUGACAGCUGGGACAUAAACGAUGCCUCUGUGGUGUGUAGGCAGCUCGGCUGUGGAGAGGCAGAAUCAGCCCCAAGUAAUGCUUUUUUUGGGCCUGGAUCUGGGACUAUCUGGCUGGACGAUGUUAACUGCAACGGGGAGGAGGAGCUCCUCACUCAGUGCUCGAUGAACACUUGGGGAGAGAACAACUGCGGGCACAAUGAGGACGCAAGUGUUGUGUGCUCAGGUUGGCCCAAGGACUGCAGCGAGAUCCCCACUGGCAGCCCCAGUGGCGUGUACGUCAUCCAGCCCACAGGACUGCACCCCAUCGUGGUGUACUGCGAAAUGAAUGCAACGUCCGGGGGCUGGACGGUCCUCCAGAGGAACCGGCACAGCACGGAGAUCACCUGGGCCGAGUCCUGGAGCACCUACAAGUACGGCUUUGGGAACGUGCAGACUGAGUACUGGCUGGGCACCGAGUACAUCCAUCAGAUCGCCAAGCAGAAGGUCUACCAGGUCAGGUUUGUCAUCUGGGAUGCCUCAAACACCACCAAGUUUGCCGACUACAACUUCUUCAGUGUGGAAGAUGAGUCCCACGGCUACCGGCUGAGGCUGGGAGGGUACUCGGGGACGGCAGGGGAUGCCAUGGCCUCAAGCAGUCCUUCCACCAUGCACGACAACAUGAAGUUCUCUGCUAAAGAUCAGGAUCAGGACACUUCCAGUGGGAACUGUGCCUCCAGCAACGGGGGCGGGUGGUGGUACUCGGCGUGUUAUUCCGUGCAGCUGAAUGUCAAGGGGAGCAUAACGUGGGGCAGCCUGUGCAGUGGGAACUGCAAAGCUUCUGCCAUCCUCAUCAAACCAGCUUCCUACUGCUAGGGCUCCAUUGCUGCCCAUCUGCCCCAGGUACGGAGUCAGACCAGUGCCCUGCCGGGCCCCUUUGCUGGGGGGGAGCAGAGAGGGUUGCAGCCGGGCACACCCUGGGCUGCCCAGAGAUUUCUUUCUUUCACCUCUUUUGCCGAGUUCCUUUGCUUCCCUUGCUGGGUUCUUCCCCUUUGAGCUGUUUUUAUUUUAAUUGCAUUAUAAUCAGACUAACACAUUGUAAACCUUGUACUGCUGAAACGUAUCUGCU